UACGUCUACUUGCGGGCCCCAAUCCCUCUUCAACCUUCAGUAGUGCUUUUUCUGUAGGGGCACCUUCAACCAGAGACUUUCACAAAUAGAAUAAACUAUAUUUUCUCCACAGACACCAUGUCCUUUCUGACUACCGGUAUCAGCAGGCUAGUGCCAAGACUCCUUAAUUCAAAGAAUGCCACCUGCGUUCUUGUGGCGUCCAGACAUGCCAGCUCCUCAACAAAUCUAAAGGAUGUUCUAUCAGACCUUAUUCCAAAAGAACAAAGUAGGAUCAAGAGCUUCAAACAGCAGUUUGGAAAAACCAAGAUUGGAUCGAUCACUGUUGAUAUGGUCUAUGGUGGGAUGAGGGGCAUGAAGGGUCUGGUGUACGAGACCUCAGUACUGGAUCCUGAUGAGGGCAUCCGUUUCCGGGGCUACAGCAUUCCGGAGUGUCAGCAGCUGUUGCCCAAGGCUCCAGGAGGUCAGGAGCCACUGCCUGAGGGCCUCUUUUGGCUGCUGGUCACAGGACAGGUCCCCACAGAGGAACAGGUGAGCUGGUUGUCCAAAGAAUGGGCUAAGAGGGCAGCACUCCCCUCCCACGUGGUCACCAUGCUAGAUAACUUCCCUACCAACCUGCACCCCAUGUCCCAGUUCAGCGCUGCCAUCACAGCUCUGAACAGCGAGAGCAGCUUUGCACAGGCCUACUCUGAGGGCGUUAACAAGGCCAAGUACUGGGAGUUCAUCUAUGAGGACUCCAUGGACUUGAUUGCCAAGUUGCCGUGUGUUGCUGCUAAGAUCUACCGUAACCUGUACCGUGAGGGCAGCAGCAUUGGCGCCAUCGACUCCAACCUGGACUGGUCCGCUAACUUUGCCAACAUGCUGGGCUACAGUGACUCUGCUGAGUUCACUGAACUUAUGAGGCUCUACCUUACCAUCCACAGUGACCACGAGGGAGGUAAUGUCAGUGCCCACGCCAGUCACCUGGUGGGCAGUGCUCUCUCUGACCCUUACCUCUCCUUCAGUGCUGCUCUGAACGGGCUGGCUGGACCUCUACAUGGGCUGGCCAACCAGGAGGUGCUGAUGUGGCUGACGGCCCUGCAGAAGGAGAUGGGAGGGGAGGUGUCUGAUGAGAAGAUGAGGGAUUACAUCUGGAACACACUCAAGUCUGGCAGGGUGGUGCCAGGCUAUGGGCAUGCUGUCCUGAGGAAGACUGACCCCAGGUACCAAUGCCAGCAGGAGUUUGCCUUCAAGCACCUGCCCAACGACCCCAUGUUCAAACUGGUGCACCAGCUCUACAAGAUCGUGCCCCCAGUACUGCUGGAGCAGGGCAAGGCCAAGAACCCCUGGCCCAACGUAGACGCCCACAGUGGAGUGCUGUUGCAGUACUAUGGGAUGACAGAGAUGAACUACUACACUGUGCUGUUUGGCGUGUCCCGAGCCCUGGGGGUGCUGGCCCAACUUAUCUGGAGCCGAGCCCUGGGCUUCCCUCUAGAGCGCCCCAAGUCCAUGAGCACGGACGGACUCAUGACCCUGGUGGGGGCCAAUAAGUCCGGCUGAAGAAGAUGAGGGGGAGGAAAUAACGUGUGCAAGUGACCUGUUCCUAAAUCAUACUUCCGUGUUCAUGUCCCUGGUCUUUUGAAUGGGCUUCAAGAUUUAUAUUGUCAAAUUCAUGAAAACGACCAUUGUGCUACGUUUUUGCCCAUUUGAAGACCAUUCAAAAAGCCUAGAAAAGUUCAAAAACGAAUAGGCUACUUGUCACGUCACUUGCAUGGCGUAUUCAAAUAAAAGCUGACCUCACCCCCAUCCCCAUGGAAGAGAUUCAAAGAGACAGUACACAUUUUAAAUUAAUCCAAAAAGGGCUUUUAAUAUUUACAUUAUUUAGUGCAGGCACGUGCACAGAUAGGAGUCAAUAUAUACCCAGCACCUGCCCCUUGGCCCUCCCACUUGCCAAGUGCCCUUUUGGGUGGUGGUAUAAUUAGAAUUUUUUGUAUAAAGUUUUGUUGUUGUUCUGAACCCAUUACCCGCAAGUCGUCGUGACGUUGUCAAGUUCACCCACCCCGUCCAUUGGUUGCCCCUGAUGGUCUGGCGUGUACAGAGCUCACGCGUGCAAGGUUGCGCUUUUUUCCCGGACUACCCUGUACUGAGAUUGCGCACGCUGGUAUCCAAACCCUGCAUGGCUUGAGAUGCGGUCACCGGUCGUGUGUGUGUGUGUGUGUAAAUGUCAACAGUACUACCGCAGCAGAAUAACAUUUGAUUAACACUUGAUUAUCAUCAAUAUUCGGUCUGGUUGGCUGAUACGUGCAGCAGAGAGAGUCAGUAAGACCGAGAGGAGCUGGUGCAUCAACGACCCUUGCUCCGACCCAACUCCAUCCGGUCCUCAGUCGGAAGCAACCCAGGCAGUCUAGACGCUAGCUAACCACCAUAUACAAAAAUAUCCACAAAAGCCACUAGCCAGCCAGCCGUAUAUCUUGAGUUAGAAGAUUAUGAAUAUUAUAUUAUGAAGUUAUUAUUUAAGAGCACUGAAGAUAAAUCCCAAUCAGUAAAAACAAUUGAGCUAGCUAACUAGCAGAUUUACAUCAAUCAUCAACAUCAAUGAUCAGCUGAUAGCCCACCCUCUUUUCCUGAUGUCAAUCAUGUCUUUAGGAGGCACCGUAACUAGCUUCCUUACAAUUUGUGAUGAGUGAGUGUGUUGUUGCAAAAAUUAAUGUCUAUGCUCACUUUUGUUUUUCACUACAGAGGCAGUUGGUAUGUUAUGAAUUUUAAGAUGUGAAUUAUGAGUUGUUUUUUUUCAGUACAGUAGGCCAAUGCAGUCUGCUGGCAUCUCAUCAGCCUCCCCCAUGUGCCUGUGAGGACUGGGCUGCACCAACUGAUUGAAGAUGGCAUGGGGCUUAAAAAGUAGUAUGCAAUCCAAACUGCUAUGCUCUGUUUUACCAUUGUUUCACUCUGAGCAGUUUGGUUUCCAGGCUACGUAAAAAUGUAAUUAUGUGGGGAAUUACAGAGCAAUCCCAAAUGGUCAUCAAUUGAGAUUUCACUUUUAGUAAUUUCUUAUAUCUAUUUAACUUGAGUGGUAGUUUGACAUCAAGAUGAAACCUUUUACAAAGUUAGCAAACUUAGUAAGGAUGCAAGUAACUUUUAAUUUGAGUCACAUUUUGCUGCUGAUGUUUGCUGAAGCUUCGAUAUUGUCUGGAAAGUCUUGCCUAAUCUAAGCCAACAGGGAAAUGUAUUUUUUUGUUGUUGCCUGAAACCCUCACCACAUUUCUCUAUGCAAUUUCUCCCUGACCAUACUCUACCUACACUCCAGUAAAGGAAAAAGGUCCUUCCUUGUAAAAGUAUCUAACUUCUAUUGAAGAUGUUCAAUCUAUCCAAGGAAGAAUGCAAAUCAGUAAAAAAUACAGAAUUAAACAGUACUGCCCCUUUACAUCUAUCUUUCUGUCUCACCAGAUUCCCUGACUUCAAUGGAUUUAACCUUGAACAUACCUCUAUGAUCAAAAUAACCUGGUUUGUUUUGUCAUUCAAUAUUGUUCUACAUUCUUUCCUUUCAUUUUCUGUCUAUGCAUCUUUUGUAAUGUAGGAUUGACUUGUGUAGGUAGGAGCAUAUGAUCGAAGAGCUUUGGUUGUAGCCUGGAGCACCCAAAGGCCUGAUAGUAAUGGCAUAGACUUGUAUAUUUGAAGGAUUGAGAGAAGGACAAGGUCUUCUGCUUUUAGUAUGUGCUUGAGAGCAAGCUUGAACAUAAGUAUGCAGCCAAGAGGGGCUUUUUAUCUUUUGGGGUUCCUGUCUUAUUUUGGUUUAUAAUGUAUGUUGUUAAUUAUGCCCCAGAAGAGCGCUUCAGUGAGCUGCUACUCCAAAAUGAGCGCUUGCUAGUUUGGAAUCCCUUCUUCUUAGCAAUAGGAAAACCCCUAUUUUGAUUUUGUGUCCUUUUUAUUAGAGGUUUUGGGUGUUGAAUGAAUAACCAUGUAAUGUAUAGAGAGGAUAAUCCUAUUGUGGAUACAGCAUUUGUGGUUUUAUUUAUGCGUUGUGUAAAUAGUUAUAAAUAUAUAUGUUUCGCUUGAAUAUAUAUGAGCUCUACACAACCAUAUUGCUCAGUCAUAUAGCUGUGUGACUUCCAACCUCACUCAUCACCAUAUUUCAGUUUUACAUGUUUUGAAAGUUACUCUUACAAUGAAGUAGAUGUACGUACUCUGGCUGUCUUGUAAAUAAAUAUAUUGCCCAUUUCUAUGGGCUUCUUCUGCUGUUAAGGGGAUGUUUGCUUUGACUGAUUCAAGCUUGCUCACAGGCCAUAGCAGCAGUUGGUCCGAGGCCCAUAGCAGCUUUCCUUGUCUGCUUUAAUAUAGGGUUAUCAACACUCCGUUUUGUGUAGCAUCAGUGGGACCCUGCUCACUUGAACAACUAAAUAAUCAUUAAAUGUUUCAGACUUCCCUUCAAUCCCCUCAGAUUUUAUAAGCCUUGCAUUUGUCUCUCUUUUGGGUUUCAUAUGUGUCUGUGUUUUUAUUCUUAGUUUGUCUUGUGGAACAUCUGGUUGUUUCUGAUCAAAUCAGGUGUAGGAUACUGUGAAACCAGGGAAGAGCCAUUGAAGUUUGAUGCAUUUGGGAAACUAUAUAGCGGGAUGGGGCUGGAUAGGUCAAAUGGGAGAAAGGAGCUAAGGAGAACAAAAAAUGGAAAACCAAUAAAUGUUUUCAAUAACA